AUGCGCGGCAUUCAGGUCAAGCAAUACGUCUCCGGACCACUGGACCUCGCCGUAUCUGACCUUCCAGAGCCUACCCCAGGUCCAGACCAAUACACCAUUGCCAUCCAUGCCACGGCAACAAACUUCUUCGACCUCCUACAGAUUCGCGGGAAAUACCAACAUCAACCGCCCCUACCAUGGAUAUCCGGCAGCGAGUUCAGCGGUGUGAUUCUAGCAGUACCGUCAUCUGGCAAGUCACGGAAGUUUAAAGUGGGUGACAAGGUCUUCGGUGCGGCGCAAGGCGGUUAUGCGACCAAGGUCUGCGCUCGGGAAGAGCAGCUGAGACCCGUGCCGAAGGGGUGGUCCUGCUUCGAAGCGGCUGGUCUCUUCGUAACUAUGCCCACAUCUUAUGCUGGGUUGGUGACGCGGUGUAAUCUCAAAGCUGGCGACUGGGUGCUCGUGCAUGCUGCUGCGGGAGGCGUUGGCCUUGCAGCAGUACAGAUCGCGAAGGCGCUAGGCGCGACGGUUAUUGCAACGGCGGGAACAGCCCAUAAGCUUUCUAUCGCGAAGCGAUUUGGCGCAGACUACACAGUAGAUUACAGGGAUGACAGCUGGCCUCUACGCGUGAAGGAGCUGACGCCCAACAAGCGAGGGGUAGAUAUCGUCUACGAUCCGGUCGGACUGAUCGAUAAGAGCACAAAGUGCAUUGCGUGGAAUGGUCGGCUGUUGGUGAUUGGUUUCGCGGGGGGUCCGAUUGAGAAGAUGGCAACCAACAAGAUCUUACUCAAGAAUAUCAGUGUGGUGGGCUUGCAUUGGGGCGCAUAUGCGCUCAACGAGCCGCAGAAGAUAGGAGAGGUGUGGGAUGAUCUGUUCAAAUUGUUUGAGAGUAGGAAGGUUGUCGGGACGAACUAUACUGACAGGGAAUAUGUCGGCUUGGAAACCGUACCAGAGGCGCUGAAGGCUCUGGGUGAGCGGGACACUUGGGGCAAGGUCGUUGUCAAGUCUACCGAGCAUCAACAGGGCAAGCAUCUUGGCUCUCACAUUCUGAACCAGCACAUUGCGAACGUGACAAGGUUGCUAUGUCGACUGCCAAGCUGCUUGCUAUCCAUGCCUGGCCGACGAGCAGCGCACCGAAGCCGAGAAAUUGCCACUCGACGGCGGCGUCGUGAAACAGAGCAGAGUGGCAGUAGUUCAGUAGAUGUGUCCCCAAACGCCGAGGACGCCAUCGCAGAGGAUGAUCUGUGCCCAGUUUGCCGACUCCUACUCUUUCAACCAGUGACAACCGGUUGUAACCACAGUCUUUGCAGGACUUGUAUGGCACGAUGGGCAGAAGUUUCCAUUUCAGCACCGAUGACUAUCGUCCGGGUCGACGAAGAACCCCAGGACUUCGAUGCUGCUACUGGCCUUGAAGCGAGAUGUCCGAUGUGCCGUACCUACACCACGGCGUCCCUGGACCAUCCUCUAGCCGACAGGCUGCAAUCAACCUACCCGGCGGUGUACGGCGAGCGUGGCUCUGAAGAAGCCGAUGACGGUGAUCAACAUGACAGCAUUCAGACCAUCACCGUUUAUAUCGGUAACUCUCAUGAGCUCAUCCAGCCCGCGGAGCAGGAAAGCCACAAUAUACAUAGGUGGACGUUCUUUGUACGCCCAUCUCGGAAUGAUAUCAUCGAUGAAGUUCAAAUCUUUCUACAUCCUACUUUUAGGCCUUCACGUAUCAUCAGACAGCGUCCACCCUACGAGCUGAGCAGGAUCGGCUGGGGCUAUUUCACUAUCGUUGCAGGCGUUAUCCUAAAGCCUGGCUACAGCUGGGUUUCGUCCGAUGCGGAAGAUUCGCGUGAUGGCGCUCCAAAGGGUAUGCUACGGUUGGACUGGACUCUUGACUUCACGAGUUUCGGCGGGACAGGAGCUAAGGGCAGACACAGGCUCAAGGUCAAGAACGAACGUGGCUGGGCGGAUGUGGACGAGGAGGCGGAAAGGGACGAGGCAGAGUGGAGUCGGACGGUGAGGCAGAUACAGCGUGAUGGACGCUGGGAGCCGCCACCAGAGGACUAA